AUGACCUCUGCUCCAGCCUUCAGCACUCAGUGCCCAGCUGCGAUGCAGCUCCUUCUAAACCCCUGGCUUAUCCCAGAAAAUAUAUCUGACCUGAUGGGUCGAAAUCAAGAGUCGAAGAAGGCUCUGGUGGUGUUGCAGUCACCACAGAAGAAGUCGAGUUGGAAGAGGCAGACCCCUGCAGUCAACACUGGCACUGCUGCAGCCAUGUCUCUGAAGGACAUCAACCAGCUGAAAGAGCAGGGGAAGCAGAUGCACCUCAAGGCAGCAAGAAUGAGAACUGCCUAUGCUGCACAUGUCUGCUGA